AGCAUGGUGGAGGAGUGGGACAUGCCCGGUGGCGAUCGCCACUGCGGCUGCGGCCGCACGAAGGCUACUCGUAACUUUCACACAAACGGAACCCCUCAGACCUUUGCGGCGAAGGCUAAACAGUGAGCUGGUCUUCUUCUCUUUGUCUACUUCGCACCUUCGGCUUCUUUUUGCCUGGAUGUCCUCGCAAUGCUUACACAAUGCAAGUUUUCUCGGCGAGGAUAGCCGCGUGAACUUCAACACGUGACUUCAAAGCAAGCCUAUAUAUUUCGACUGUUCUUCUUGGUGACUAUGUUGAAGAUAAAAUCAGCUCAGCAUCUCCUGAACACUUUCAUUGCCCUAGACAAACUUCAUCAUGUCUUCAAACGGUCUCCUCAUCAUCGGCAGCGGCCCCGGCAUCGGCGUCACAGCCGCCUCCCUCUUCGCCCAAAGGAAGUACACCAAAAUUGCCCUCGUAUCACGAGACAAGACUCGUCUCUCCAAGGACCGAGAAACCAUUCUGCAAGCCGCCAACUCGGUUGGCAAAAUAGUUGAAGUUCAAACAUGGAGCGUGGACAUCACCAACAGCGCAGCAUUCACGGCCGUCCUGAAAGAAACGGAGAAAUUCGCGACUUUCACUUGCGUGCUGUUUAAUGCUGCGAGAGUGGAGCCCAGCCAUCUGCUCACCUUCCCUGAGGAAGAGAUCUUGAAGGAUUUCAAGACAACGACAAUAGCACUCUACACCGCCGCGCAAUGGGGACUCCCUCUCCUCUCAGCACUCAAACCUGAAGACAAGCCAUCGUUGCUAGUGACAAGUAGUCUACUGCCUCAACAGCCCGCCCCACAGGUCUUCUCGCUGAGCUUGGCGAAAGCUAGCCAAAGGAACUUGGUUCAAAGUCUCGCGAUGACCCACCCGGAUGUGCAUGUUGCACUGUUGAAUAUUGGGGGGCCGGUGAGCAGGGAAGAUAGGUGGUUUAAUCAGCCCGCAAUUGCGAAGAAAUUCUGGGAAGUGCAUUCUCAGGAGAAGGAUAAGUGGACGCUGGACUUAGACCUUUUGGCUGAGGAGUAAAGAAGAGAGAGAAUAGUAAGGUGAACCAUAAACUUCAGAUCUGACGAAUCGAAUCUUGCUUCCUUUUUCUAUCGGGUAUAAAUAUUAAACUGCAGUUGAAAUUGUGAGUGAUCAGAAUCCAUCCCCGUUAUAAGCAAUCAACGUUGUCGUCGCAGCAUUUGCUCCCCUGGCACUCGCCCCCGACGCUCCAGCGAGCUGUUUCA